ACGUUUAAAGCUUGAACUAAGAUCCCCAAACCGCAACGCGCGCAACUACUUUCAUUCACAUUUCACAGUUAGUCUGCAGUGGAGACGAUGGCGAAGACGGCAGCGGCGUCGUUUGCGGUGGUGGUUGAAACAGCAGCGGGAGGCGGGGGAGCAAAAUCCGACGGUAAUACAGUAAUGGUACAGGAAUGUGAUGAGAUGGAUGAAGAUUUGGAAUUUGAUGACUUGAAGGAGGUUUACAGUUAUGAUGAGGCGGAGGAGAGCUUGUCCUCUGAUGAGGCGGAGAGCCUGUUGUCUUUUGAGACAGAGAAGAGCCUGUCCUCUUAUGAGGUGGAGAAGAGCCUGUCCUCUUAUGGGGCGGAGGAGAGCCUGUCCUCUUAUGAGGCGGAGGAGGAUCUGUCCUCUUAUGACGUAGAGCUGCACCAAGCCCACAAGGAGGACCUGGAAUCUGAUAAGGUGGAGGAGGAUGGGGAAUCUGAUGAGCAGGUCCAAGACGCUUUUGAUUUAGAGCUGCACCAAGCCCACCUAGAGCAGAUGCUUCCACAGCCUUCAAUUGCAAGGCAAAUGAUCCUCAACUGGAUGCCUAUAGAGAAACUUAAUAUUGAAAGUUCACAGAAGGGUCCUCUUCUAGGACGUGGAUCAUUUGGAUCAGUAUAUGAAGGAUUUGCUGCUGAUGGAUUCUUUUUUGCCAUGAAGGAAAUUCAGUUUUUAAGUGAAGGCUCCCUUACAAAAGUUGAGAAGGAGAUUGCUUUACUAAGUCGAUUAAGGCAUGACAAUAUAGUCCAAUACUACAAUGCCCAAAGGAUCGACUCAACCCUCUACAUUUUUCUUGAGCUUAGUAAAGGCUCCCUUGAGAAGCUCUAUCAGAAGUAUGAACUUAAAGAUUCCCAAGUCUCAGCUUACACAAGACAGAUUUUGCACGGUGUAAGUUAUCUCCAUGGGCAACACAUAAUUCACAGGGACAUUAAAUGUGCCAAUAUAUUGGUCGAUGUUUGUGGAUGGGUAAAACUUGCAGAUUUUGGAUUGGCAAGGGUAAUAGAAUCCAGCACUCUUAUUAAGUCAAGCUGGGGGACUCCUUGGUGGAUGGCUCCUGAGGUUAUUGAUUCAAAAAAAGGAUAUGGCGUUCAAGCUGAUAUAUGGAGCCUUGGCUGCACUGUGUUGGAGAUGUUAACUCGUCACCGUCCAUACCCUGAUUUGGAGUCCCAACAAGCAAUGUUUACAAUUGCGAAAGGAAUGCUGCCUCCAAUUCCUGAAAAUCUCAGUGCUGAUUCAAAGGACUUCAUCCUACAAUGCCUGCAAGUUGAUCCCAAAGAUCGUCCCACUGCUACUCAGCUUUUGAAGCAUCCAUUUGUAAAGGAAUUAUAAUGAUCAAUUUUACGGAAUUGGAUUCUUCUUUCAGUUCCAACUAUGUUAUAGUUUUUCUUGCGCUUAAUUUCCAAUCAUGAUUUAAAUUGGGAAAAGGCUGAUCACGGGGUCCUUGCGCCUCGUCUGGUGUGCAAUAUUAGCUAUAUUUUUGUUUCAGCGAGUUCUUUGGUGUAUUAUUUGCACACUGCUCCUGCCUACUGUGACCUAUUAGCUUUUAUGUACUUAGGAAAAAAAAGUUACAUAUCAUGAUUUUUAAUAGUUUCUUGGCAACGUCAUUUAUUUUAAUUCA